AGUGCUCAGAGUGCCUGUAUGUGUGUGAGUGUGAGAGAAUGUGUGCGUGCGUGUGUGUGUGCGCGCGUGUGUGUCUCCGAGUCCCUGGGAGAGUGGAGGCUCAUUCACUGAUUAGAUCCAGCGCUGAGAGGCAGCACUGCUCCUUCUCUCACGCCAACCGAGUCUCUUGAUCUGUACAUGCAAUCCCAGGCAGCUCGCGAACACAAACCCGGGGCCAGCCGCCUAUUGCUGCUGCUGCCGCUGCCGCCGCCGCCGCCGCCGCUGCCUCCGCCGGCUCUGCGAACCUGGGACUUUUCAUGCACCACACUCUCCGCCUGCUUCCCUCCGUGUCCUGAAAAGUGCGACCGUUCUCCCAAGGAAUUUCCACGGUCUUAGGAGGGAAUGAUUCCCCAGUAAUAUUCCCUGCCCUGACCCAAAGUGCUGGUUGGCCUCCCUCCCAGGGAAGACUGCUUCUUGUGUAACGCCGGCCACAGAAAGAGACUCCGAUGGACUUACACCGGGCAGCCUUCAAGAUGGAGAACUCAUCCUACCUUCCCAACCCUCUGGCGUCCCCAGCACUGAUGGUCCUGGCAUCCACGGCUGAGGCCAGCCGUGAUGCUUCCAUCCCUUGUCAGCAGCCACGACCCUUUGGUGUACCUGUCUCAGUUGACAAGGACGUGCAUAUUCCUUUCACCAACGGUUCCUAUACCUUUGCCUCUAUGUAUCAUCGGCAAGGUGGGGUGCCAGGCACUUUUGCCAAUCGUGAUUUCCCCCCUUCUCUACUACACCUCCACCCUCAAUUUGCUCCCCCAAAUCUAGAUUGCACCCCAAUCAGUAUGCUGAAUCAUAGUGGUGUGGGGGCUUUCCGGCCCUUUGCCUCCACCGAGGACCGGGAGAGCUAUCAGUCAGCCUUUACGCCGGCCAAGCGACUUAAGAACUGCCAUGACACAGAGUCUCCCCACUUGCGCUUCUCAGAUGCAGAUGGCAAGGAAUAUGACUUUGGGACACAGCUGCCAUCUAGCUCCCCCGGUUCACUAAAGGUUGACGACACUGGGAAGAAGAUUUUUGCUGUCUCUGGCCUCAUUUCUGAUCGGGAAGCCUCAUCUAGCCCAGAGGAUCGGAAUGACAGAUGUAAGAAGAAAGCAGCGGCAUUGUUCGACAGCCAGGCCCCAAUUUGCCCCAUCUGCCAGGUCCUGCUGAGGCCCAGUGAGCUGCAGGAGCAUAUGGAGCAGGAACUGGAGCAGCUAGCCCAACUGCCCUCGAGCAAGAAUUCCCUUCUGAAGGAUGCCAUGGCUCCAGGCACCCCCAAGUCCCUCCUGUUGUCUGCUUCCAUCAAGAGGGAAGGAGAGUCUCCAACGGCAUCACCCCACUCAUCUGCCACCGAUGACCUCCACCAUUCAGACAGAUACCAGACCUUUCUGCGAGUACGAGCCAACCGGCAGACCCGACUGAAUGCUCGGAUUGGGAAAAUGAAACGGAGGAAGCAAGAUGAAGGGCAGGUAUGUCCCCUGUGCAACCGCCCCCUGGCAGGAUCGGAGCAGGAGAUGAGUAGGCAUGUGGAGCAUUGCCUUUCUAAGAGGGAAGGCUCCUGCAUGGCUGAGGAUGAUGCUGUGGACAUCGAGCAUGAGAACAACAACCGCUUUGAGGAGUAUGAGUGGUGUGGACAGAAGCGGAUACGGGCCACCACUCUCCUGGAAGGUGGCUUCCGAGGCUCUGGCUUCAUCAUGUGCAGCGGCAAAGAGAACCCGGACAGUGAUGCUGACUUGGAUGUGGAUGGGGAUGACACUCUGGAGUAUGGGAAGCCACAAUACACGGAGGCUGAUGUCAUCCCCUGCACAGGCGAGGAGCCUGGUGAAGCCAAGGAGAGAGAGGCACUUCGGGGCGCAGUCCUAAAUGGUGGCCCUCCCAGCACACGCAUCACACCUGAGUUCUCUAAAUGGGCCAGUGAUGAGAUGCCAUCCACCAGCAAUGGUGAAAGCAGCAAGCAGGAGGCCAUGCAGAAGACCUGCAAGAACAGCGACAUCGAGAAAAUCACCGAAGAUUCAGCUGUGACCACGUUUGAGGCUCUGAAGGCUCGGGUCAGAGAACUUGAACGGCAGCUAUCUCGUGGGGACCGUUACAAAUGCCUCAUCUGCAUGGACUCGUACUCGAUGCCCCUAACGUCCAUCCAGUGUUGGCACGUGCACUGCGAGGAGUGCUGGCUGCGGACCCUGGGUGCCAAGAAGCUCUGCCCUCAGUGCAACACGAUCACAGCGCCCGGAGACCUGCGGAGGAUCUACUUGUGAGCUAUCUGCCCCAGGCAGGCCUCGCCUCCAGCAGCCCCACCUGCCCCCAGCCUCUGUGACAGUGACCGUCUCCCUUUGUACAUACUUGCACACAGGUUCCCCAUGUACAUACAUGCACAUACUCAAACAUGCGUACACACACACACACACAUUUACACAUGCAGGACUCUGAAGCCAGAGUAGAGGCUGUGGCCCAGGCACUACCUGCUGGCUCCCACCUAUGGUUUGGGGGCCAUACCUGUUCCAGCUCUGUUCCCAGGGUGGGGCAGGGAGGUGGGGGUUGGGGGAGUAGUGGGGCACGGCUCCUAAGAUCCAGCCCCCAUACUGACAGACGGACAGACAGACAUGCAAACACCAGACUGAAGCACAUGUAAUAUAGACUGUGUAUGUUUACAAUGUUGUGUAUAAAUGGGACAACUCCUCGCCCUCUACCUGUCCCCUCCCCCUUUGGUUGUAUGAUUUUCUUCUUCUUUUUUAAGAACCCCUGGAAGCAGUGCCUCCUUCAGGGUUGGCUGGGGGCUCGGCCCAUCCACCUCUUGGGGUACCUGCCUCUCCCUCUCCUGUGGUGUCCCUUCCCUCUCCCAUGUGCUCGGUGUUCAGUGGUGUAUAUUUCUUCUCCCAGACAUGGGGCACACGCCCCAAGGGACAUGAUCCUCUCCUUAGUCUUAGCUCAUGGGGCUCUUUAUAAGGAGUUGGGGGGUAGAGGCAGGAAAUGGGAACCGAGCUGAAGCAGAGGCUGAGUUGGGGGGCUAGAGGACAGUGCUCCUGGCCACCCAGCCUCUGCUGAGAACCAUUCCUGGGAUCAGAGCUGCCUUUCCCAGGGAAAAAGUGUCGUCUCACCGACCCUCCCGUGGGCCCUAUGGUGUGAUGCUGUGUCUGUAUAUUCUAUACAAAGGUACUUGUCCUUUCCCUUUGUAAACUACAUUUGACAUGGAUUAAACCAGUAUAAACAGUU